AUCCAUUUUUGCUCAUCAAUACAAUGUGCUUAGAUUUCCAGAGCAGUGUCGAAAGCCCUGGCUGAUGUUGUUCGCUCUCAAAUACGAUGAUCAUCUGACAAUAUAAGAUGACUCGUUAUUCAGCCGGAUACCUCAUCCCAGACUCAUGCAUUUGGUUCAGGAAUGCUAGCGCCCUGCCCUUGACACGACAAGCGUCCCCCUCUUUGAUGCUCCCGCUAUCGAGCUCUCUCGUCAUCUGUGCAAGCCGUAAACCCGCCAACUUGGCUCAAGAUACGUAAACAUGCCCCGCUCCGACGAGGCGCAAGCCUUCUUCCACGCAGUGUACAGCGCUGUACAGGAAAUACCUCGAGGCAAAGUAACCAGCUAUGCGCAUAUCGCCAAGCUAGUUGGAACGCCUCAACGUCCGCGGCAAGUAGGUGUAUGCCUCAAGCACCUCCCCUCGGACCCCACGGCCCGCUUCAACCACGACAACGUCCCCUGGCAGCGAGUGAUCAAUGCAAAGGGCGUGAUUUCUCCUCGAUCACAGCCUUCGGGGGCACGCAACCAAGCUGCAGCGCUCGAAGCCGAGGGCGUGACCGUCACGACGGGCGCGCUGGGCGAGCUCAUGGUAGAUUUCGGCCAGUUUGGGUGGUUUCCUCGCAUUCUGCCUUCGGAGGAGGCACAAGGGCUGGUCGCUGCUAGUGAUGACGAGGAUGACGACGAGGGCGAGGACGGGGACGAGGACGGGGACGCAUGAUACGACAACGAGGCUAGCACCGCCAGUGAGCUCGCUUCUCCUGGCUUAUACUGUACCCCCGUCCCCGGUCAGGCCUAACCGCAGUCCCAAGCCACAUCACUGUAAGUAAGGCUGGCCUCGACUCAAUACAUAUUUUACAUUUUCGUGACUUAUGCUAGUACAUGUACUAGCUAUUGCCUCGGGCCACCAACG